AUUAUUUCAAACGGACAUUUUGAUAGUCGCGUUGAAAAAAGAAGUGGUGAGCACCAUACGUCAAAUCUUCUUUUUUUGCAUCUCAUAACCGAAAUUAUGCCUUAAACUCCUGUGUGAACUAGUGCCGCUUUCAAUACGCGAUGUCGCACAAAUGUGACGUCACCGAUCACGUUUUUGCCUUUUGGGCGAUAACAACCGACUUCAUAAAUUAAAAUAUUGCUAAUUUAAACCAUCUGUCCACACACUAGGGCAGCCGAAGCGAGUGCACAGACACCUUUCGUAGGAUGCAGCCCCUCAAGGAUGCCCAGUUGGGGGCUUUUACAUUCUUCGCCUCAGCGCUCCCCCAUGAUGUGUGCGGCAGCAACGGCCUUCCCCUGACACCCAACUCCAUCAAAAUAUUAGGACGCUUCCAGAUCCUGAAGACCGUCACCCAUCCCAGACUCUGCCAGUAUGUGGACAUUUCCAGAGGGAAGCAUGAACGACUCAUCGUCGUUGCCGAACACCACGAGAGCAGUCUGAGUGAUUUCCAAAAACGGGGAAACAAAAUCAGCCCAGAGAGAGUUCUGCAGAUUGCCUAUGAGGUUCUGGAAGGCCUGGCCUUUAUGAACAAACACGGCAUGGUGCACAGGGCCCUCAGUGUACACAAUGUGCUCCUUGAUAGCAAGGGCAACGUCAAACUGGCUAAGUUUGGCCUCUACCACAUGACUGAUCAUGGCGCUGAUGUGGACUUUCCAAUCGGAUACCCAUCAUACCUUGCUCCCGAGGUGAUAGCGCAGGGCUCCUUUCACCCCAGUGACCCUUCGCACCAUGAAGCCCCUCGGCCCUCGGGACCCAAAACUGACGUGUGGUCACUUGGCGUUCUGCUGUUUGAACUGUGCGCCGGUCGACGGCUGCUGCACAACAUCGACAUCAACGAGAGGCUGAAGUUCAUACUAACUUUGGGCUGCAUGGACGACAUCGUCACAGUCCUGGCUGAAGAGCACGGCUGCCUGGAACACAUUCAGGAGCUGCCAGAGAACGUUCUUGCGUUGCUGCAAAAAUGCUUGACCUUCCUUCCUUCCAAACGGCCGAGCCCAGCCGAGCUUUUGGGGGACGCCGUGUUUGAUGGCGUGUCAUGCCUCUACACGCCCUACCAGAAGCCCGUCAGCCUGUUCUCAUCCUCGCUACGCUGUGCACAUCUGGAGCUCCCCGAGGACAUCGGCGACCUUUGCAAAGGGGACGGCGACGAUUAUCUUUCAGAGCGGGCCAUCAACGAGGUGUUCCACCUGUGGUGCCUUGCAGGGGGCGACCUCGAAAAGGAGCUGAUCAACAAGGAGAUCAUCCAGUCCAAACCUCCCAUAUGCACGCUGCCCAAUUUUGUGCUGGAGGAUGGCGAGUCGUUCGGCCAGGGCAGGGAUCGCAGUUUCUUGCUGGACGACACAACGGUGACUCUUUCUCUGUGCCAGCUCAGAAAUAGACUAAAGGACGUCGCGGGAGAAUCUUAUUUCCCUCUGCUGGAGGAGGAACAAUCAAGCCUGUCGCACUCCAACAGCGCCAACGAGCUGUCGGCCACCGUCAAGCUACCGCUCAUCAUCCGCGAGAGAGACACAGAGUACCAGCUCCUUCGUGUCAUCCUCUUCGACAGACUACUCCAGGCUUAUCCUUACAAGAAAAAUCGGGUGUACAAAGAGGCCAAGGUUGACAUCCCACCUCUCGUGCGGGGACUAGCCUGGGCUGCGCUGCUGGGCAUUGAGGGGGACAUUCAGGCCAAAUACGAAAGCCUUGAUAAGGACACGCCCAUUCCGACUGACAGACAGAUCGAGGUGGACAUCCCACGCUGCCACCAGUACGACGAGCUGCUGUCCUCCCCGCAGGGUCACGUCAAGUUCAGACGUCUCCUGAAAGCCUGGGUGGUCUCCCAUCCCGACCUGGUCUACUGGCAGGGUUUGGAUUCACUCUGUGCUCCUUUUCUUUACUUGAAUUUUAACAAUGAGGCAUUGGCAUACGCGUGCAUGUCCGCCUUCAUUCCAAAAUACCUCUACAACUUCUUCCUGAAGGACAACUCGCACGUCAUCCAAGAGUACCUGACCGUCUUCUCGCAAAUGAUCGCCUUCCACGACCCAGAGCUCAGCAACCAUUUGAACGACAUCGGCUUCAUCCCUGACCUGUAUGCCAUUCCUUGGUUCCUGACCAUGUUCACGCAUGUGUUCCCGCUGCACAAGAUCUUUCACCUGUGGGACACGCUGCUACUGGGGAACUCGUCUUUCCCCUUCUGCAUCGGCAUGGCCAUAUUGCAGCAGCUCAGGGACCGCCUUCUUGCCAAUGGCUUCAACGAGUGCAUCCUGCUGUUCUCUGACUUGCCAGAAAUUGACAUUGAACGCUGCGUCCGUGAAUCCAUCAACUACUUCUUCUGGACACCAAAAAGUGCAACAUACAGACAGCAUGCGCAACCACCAAAGGUCUCCGGUGACAACGGCCUUGGAAAAACCACAACGCACUACUCGUCUGAUGAUCAAGAUUUUCCCAAGACAGACCUCUCUCGUGAGCCUCUCGUGCUGCUCGAGCUGAAAGCUGAAGUGUCCCCUCGCAUCUCGGCAGAGGACUUCAUCGACCUCUGUGAGAUGUCAUAUGCCGCAAAUAACCGCAGCAAAGCCAGCAGGCCAAGAAUUAUUGCUGUUGACAUUCGCAGUGCAGAGGACUUCAGCAGAGGCCACAUGUCCGGGAGCAUCAACGUUCCCUUCAGCACGGCGUUCGGCACCGAGGAUGAGGUGCUGCAAUGUCCAACAACGGGAGCCCUCCAGAACAACAGAGGACGGGUUGUCGUCAUCAUCGGCCACGCCAUGAAAAGCGCUUCUGCGUUUGCUGCACACCUCGUCAAGGUGAACUUCCCGAGGGUUUGCAUCCUAGAUGGAGGAAUCAACAAGCUGAAGCCCACUGGACUCCUCACUGUCCCUUCGCCUCAGAUCUGACACUAGCAGCUGAAUCACUCGGGAGAGACUAUGUACAGUACAUAUUCUUGGUGUUUUUGUUUUUUUUCUGAUACCAUCAUGAUUAAAAAAAUGGAUCCAUCUUCAUAGCAUUUUUAUGCAUGUAGCUUGGCUCUGAAAAUUAAAAAGCCACAGUGGGGUUGCUUGUUUCGAAUGAUAUAGUUCUGAGUUACCAAAAUAUUUUGAGGGGGAAAAUGAGCCUCCGAGGUCACAUAAAAACCUCAUAUUUGAAUCGUUCUCAUGGAUGAUUAUUGUACAUCGAGAAACUUGAGCUAGGGGGUGGCUGAGAAAUAAAAAUCGAGUCCUUUA